AUGCGACGGAACAUGAUCGUGUCUUACACUUGGUUGACGUGCUUGUUGACCCUGGGCCACGCCGAUGUUCGCGCUGUCCGCGCACGGGGCCGCUCCCGGGACAGCUUGCUGGUCCCGCUCGUGCACGGCAACGCCUCUUGGCUGCAGCAGCCCGGCGCCGACCCGCCGCCCCCCGGGGCUCCCGAGAGCAGCCGGCCGCUGGCGGACCAGCUCUUGGUGCCCCCUGUCAGCGGCGCCGACGUCCAGGCGGAGCAGCCAGUCGUGCCGGUGUCCAUGCUGGAGGUGCAGAAGGCGCCCCUCGAGGACCCCUUCUCGGCGCUGCAGGCGGUUCACGCGACGAUCUCGGGCACGGCGGCGGCGGUCGCGGGCGGGGCCGCGCGCUGCUGGGAGGUGGUCGCCGCCCGCGCGGAGGCCUCCCUGGACCUGCUCUCAUGGCGCCUCCGGGUCUUCCUCGCCAGCCUGCUCCUGGCCUCCACGGCGCUCUGCGCCGCGGGCGCCGCCUACCGCCUGGGCCGCAAGGACAGCAGGGCGGACCAGGCGCUGCGGGGGGGCAGCACGUGCGCCGAGUGGUGGGCGUAG